AACAGUAGUGAGGUCUUCCCCUUUUCACCGAUGUAUUAUUGUUUGCGAAAUUCUCUACUUUCUCUCUCUUGAAAUGAAGAUGGAAGUCUUCUAAUCGUUCUUUUCUUCUUCUUCUUAGAUGAUUUCUUAUCCUUCUCGCGGCUAAACCCCACCACCCAACCCAAGAAGAAUCCCGGAAGCAACACCCUUAAUUUCCAGUAUCCAUAUCUAGUUUGAUCCUCUCAGUCUGAUUCUUUUAUCUUAUUUCUGUAGUUCUGCUAUAUUGUUCUUGCUGUCAUUCCGCCAUAUUAUCCUUCAUAAUCGAUUAAAUUAGCUUUCUUUCAAUUAUACUUGCCCUUUUCUCUUUUUCGUAUUCAUAUUUUGUCUGUAUGUUUCUUCUUCCUGCUGCAAGUCAUUCCAUUACAUCCACUUAUUCUCUCUCCUCUUUUGGCUUCCUCCUCUAGUCGUUUUCUAUCCACAAGAAUAGCUGCUUCAAUUCUUAGAUUAUUUUGAGCUUCUCUGUGCCCGUUUGUUUGGAUUUUAGAAAUAGCAGUCAGGAAUUAUGCCUCAUUCGGCUUCGAUUGAGAAAAUAUUCAUGGAAUCAUCGUCUGUGGCGUCUACUCCUUCCUCAACAACAGAGGAGACUUUCGUGACUGAUGGUCGUCGAUUUUCUCAUCUCAGAGGCGUCCGAUGGCGCAUAGAUUUGGGGAUUUUGACUUGCUCCCUUUCUGCAUCGAUUGACGAUCUCCGCCGGACGACUGCAGAGUCUAGAAGGAGAUACGCUGCCCUAAGACGAAAGCUUCUUGUUGAUCCACAUAUACCUAAGGAUGGUAGUAAUUCCCCUGAACCUGUCAUCGACAAUCCAUUGUCACAAAGCCCAGAUAGUAUGUGGGGCCGUUUCUUCCGAAAUGCGGAACUAGAAAGAAUGCUAGAUCAAGAUUUGACUCGUUUAUAUCCAGAACAAGCAAACUAUUUCCAGACUGCAGGAUGCCAAAGCAUGCUAAGAAGGAUACUCUUGCUAUGGUGUCUUAGACAUCCAGAAUGUGGUUACAGACAAGGAAUGCAUGAACUCUUGGCUCCAUUAUUAUACGUUCUCCAAUCAGAUCUUGAGCACCUUGCUCAAGCCCGGAAACUGUACGAAGACCACUUCGUCGAUAAUUUCGACGCUGACUCGAUGUACAAUUUUGAUUUUAAGAAAUUCCCAGACUAUAUGGAAGAAGACGAUGAAAGCAGUUCUAAAAUAAUGUCUAAGAAGAAGAUCUGUAGUCUUGACGAGCUUGAUCCGAAAAUCAAAGAGAUUGUAUUGUUAAGCGAUGCAUACGGAGCAGAAGGCGAACUCGGGGUGGUUUUAUCUGAGAAGUUUCUAGAACACGACGCUUAUUGCAUGUUCGAUGCUUCAAUGAAUGGAUCUUCUGGUGGUGCUGUAGCCAUGGUCGAUUUCUUCUUACCAUUUCCAUUACCGAAUUCCCAAACGGGUUUAUCUCCAGCUAUUGAAGUUUCUUCGGCUUGGUAUCAUUUGCUUUCGAUCGUCGAUUCGUCUCUUUAUAGUCACUUGGUUGAGCUUGGGGUUGAGCCUCAAUAUUUUGCACUCCGUUGGUUAAGAGUUCUUUUUGGGAGAGAAUUCUCUCUUGAGAAUCUCUUGAUUAUAUGGGACAAUAUAUAUGCGUGCGACAAUCGAAAAAUGAAAUCCUUUGACAAUAGCUCGUUAAAUUCGAUGAGGGGGGCGUUCAUUUCGUCUCUUGCUGUUUCGAUGAUACUUUACCUUAGAUCUUCAUUGCUUGCGACGGAGAAUCCCACUUCGUGUCUGAAAAGGUUGUUGAAUUUCCCGAACAGUUUUUGUUUAGAGAAAUUGAUUGGAAAGGCGAAAUCUUUGUUGGUUUUGGCCUUAGAUCCGAAUAAUUUAACCCCAUUGCAGCCUUACAGUGAGAUGGUUUUUGAUAGUAAGAGUAGAUCAGCGGCUGUGAGAGGGCAUAGUCUUUCGUCGGAUUCAGUUUCUCCGAUGAGUCCAUUAAGUUUAGUACCGGAUAGCUAUUGGGAAGAGAAAUGGAGGAUUCUGCAUAAUAGAGAAGAAGAAGAAGAAGAAAAGAAGCAAAUUCCAAACUGGAAAACAGUUUGGUCGGAAAAAGUGAAGAUGAGACUAUCUAGAACUGGAUCAGUUCCUUCUUCACCGAAGGUAGUACAUAAACCAUUGGUUAGGAGGAAUUUGCUGAAGGAUCUCGAGAAAGAGCUGGAAUCGGAUGAGAACUCGGAGGAGUGUUCACCAGCAGUUAUUGAUGAUGGUGACAACGAGGAUAGACAUUUAGAGGAAAAAGAUGGAAAAGUGGUUUGUGAAGAAAGGGGUUCAUUGAGUGAAGAAGGGGGUUCAUUGAGUUCCUCGGGUCUUCCAAGUACUGAUAACAACAACAACGGAGACUUAUCAAAUGUUCCUAGCGAUGAUAAAAUUGAUGAUGAAUCCAAUGAAGUGCAGUUAGCCUACAAAGUCGUUCUUUCUUCUGAAACACAAAUGGAAGAUGAUAGUGUAACUGAAUUUAGUUCAGUAUCUGGUCCUAAGGAAGAAGAAGUUCUUGUAACUGAAAUUACUUCAGUAUCUGGUCCUAAUGAAGAAGUUCUUGUAACUGAAAUAAGUUCAGUAUCUGGUCCUAAUGAAGAAGUUCUUGUAAGUGAAAUAAGUUCAGUAUCUGGUCCUAUGGAAGAAGUUCUUUCUUUGAGGCUGCCAGUGAAUGGUGAUGAUGGGGUUACUGAAUGUAGACCCAUAUCUGGUCCAAAGGAGCAGAAGGUCUUAUUAAGUAAAUUUCCAUGGCUGUGGAAAUUUGGUCGGAGUAGAGUGGAAGGAGGAAGCCAAGAAAAAGUUGCUAAUGAUCAGAAGAUUCAGAACAGUGCCUGUACUACUAAUACAGUACCUUCCUCUCAACCGUUAGAUGUUUCUAAUGAUACUUCUUCUUCUUCAACUAGUAAAGGUGAAGCUGUUGAUGUUAGCACAUUGCGAAACAUUGGCGGUAGCAUGCUAGAGAAUAUCCAGGUAAUUGAAUCAUCUAUUAUCCAGCAAGAUUGGGGUCAGGGUGGUUCAUCUCUGGAGAGUUUCUCUAAAAACAUUCUUGCCGGAAAAGGACAAGUUGCAGCCGUGGCAGCUCUUAAGGAGCUUAGGAAAAUCAGCAACCUUCUAUUAGAGAUGUGAUAAAUCGCUAAUUAUUAUUGUAUAAGCUUAAAAGAGAAAUGUAUAUACAUUUGACGGUUUGUUACUCAUAUCCCCUCACAUUGCCAUUAAUAAAUUCCUUCUUAUGUCUU